CCUUUAAAACUAAACUAGUUGGAAAUAUCAUGAUUCUCUUUUAAAAAGCCACAUCAACCCCUAUUAUACCGUUUAUUUGAAAUCGUGUUAUCAGGAUUUCCUUCAAGCUCUGACGCCAGCAUCCACUUUCACAUUGAAAAAUUCUAGUUUACAUCUCGUAAAUAAAUAAGAUUGAGCCUCCACAUAUUGGGGAAGGUUUCCCUUCUUAGGGGUCUUAUACCAAAGCAUUGUUCCUUUUUUCGGUAUCUCUUGGUGAUCUGCUUUAACAACUGGAACCUACACAAAGGAAAUUUGUGGCUAAGAUAUAUUUUUUCUUUAGUUUUUAGGGAUAAUCAGUGUGGCAGUUGUAAUACAUCACGCGUUGUGGUUUUUAACGCGCAUGGCUUGGUUUCUGAGUUGUUCUUAUUGUUCUUUAGCUCGUUUGAGGAUAAUUUUUAACAAGAUAAGUUCCCCCUUUGAAAGAAAGAAACAUUAAUUGAUUUAUUUCUAUUCACGCAGAUCUCUACGGCAGAAAGAAAAACCGCAUGAUGUCCAUCCUGGGCGUCGGUCGAAAUGCGGGCGCAGAUUGGUAAAUCGUCACUACCAUCGUCACGUUACUCGUCAUUAAACGUCCCUAUGGUUUUGUCAGAAAUCACGAUGGUUGUACCGCAGAAAACUGAGAAUCAGUUCUACGCAGAUAUUGUUCGCAGCCUCAGGCAAAAUUUCCGUUCCGAGCCUCAAUUGUCGGUAACUCGGGGCGAAAAAAAAGUACGAAUUCGCACGAACCGUCUCUACAAGUCAGCACUAACAGAAGAUCACUGGAGAGAUAAAUAUAACAGGCAUGUUAAACAGCGACUGCGUGGAUUUUACACGCCGGCUCAUGUACCAUAUGCUUCGGUUGGUGAUGUUUGUUUGGAUACGCGGGACUUGGUCAUGAAAACCGUUGGAUUUGAUCAAAGCUCGGAAAAGUGUAACGUCAGUGUUGUAGUUGAUUCAAACGAAAAGGACAAAAAGAAAGAAACGGACGGGGAGAAUACUACUCAGAAGAAAUCCCAAGAAUUCAAGGGGCGAGCAUAUUUUUCGCUGCAAGGUCAAGGAGGAUUGCGUGAAAUAAAAGAAAAGCUGUGUCAAUGUCGAGACAGACUUUCAGCCUUGCAAGCCGGGCAGUCAUUUGAGGAAUGUCUGAGGAAGGAGAAUAUCAUGUCCAUGGUGGUAGAUGCCAUGAAGGGACCUCAAGGUCAGCUGCAGAUGACGGAGCCAUCCAGUUUAUCACCGAGUAAAAUGAAGAAAAUGUUCAACAAGCUCAGGUCAUCUGAUGAAGCUGAUGGACAGGGGAUUGGGGAAGAGUUGAUUGCCGCCUUCUCUAGUGAGAUAAAAUCAGAACACGAGGAAGAGGUUAUUGAUCAGAGGGAGGUGCACGAUCGGUAUGUUCGUAACUUUAGCAGUAAACUCAGAAGCUUGUACACUUUGCUAUGCUAUGUGUAUCAUCUUAGGACAAAAGAUUUACGCACUAAGGUGCCGUUGUCAAAGGACUUUCUUAAGACACUUAAAACAAAGAUUUCGACCGAUCAAAAAGGAAAGCCUCUGAGACACACAAGAAACAUGACCCUCUGGCAACUUCAGCCACACGGUCCUCAAAGAUCCUCCACAGAUACAACAGUUUCCCGUAUGGAUCACGAUCACCAAUUGUCUCCUCAGAUGAACACAAGGUCAAGCUUUGUAACUGACUCCCCUUCUUCUAUAUUCCGCACUGGAAUUACAGGAUCUGGAGUCACCGAGUCCAGGACAUCUUUCAUGGGACGCAAAUUGAGUCUUAACAGGCGAUAUGGAGGAAUUCUUCAUGUCAUUCAGAAUGCAGCUGCUCAGACAAGUGAGGCCAAGGAUCAGCUUCCCAUUUGGCAUCAGGUUGCGUCUGCAGAAAAAAAUGCCAAGGAGAACGGCACCAAAGGACAAUUUCCGAAGAGACGCUUAAAGAAGUCCGCUUCAAAAUCUGAAAACUCCCUGUGCGAUAUGAUCAGAGAAGGUUUUGAUAAAAUUCAAGCGAGGUCUGCAGAGCAAGUGGGAGAAAAACUCUCAAAGAUCAACAGGAAGGAAAAGGAUUCUUUUAUUGCAAAACUCCAGGCGGUUGAUCCAUAUUCGGUCUUUCGAGUGGAUUUACAAAGAGUGCGAGAAGCAGACCGUGUAAUCAGGGAAGAUUACGAGAAGGAAGAUGUUAAAAGCGCUCCGUGGUACAGAGAUUUGGAGAAUGAGGCCCAAGAACUUGGAGUUGCCAGAGAAGCAGAAGUGAUCAUCCCUUUAAACAAUUUGUAUCCUUUUGCUUUUGAUGACAUUACCACGCUGCCAUUUGUCCAGGCUAAACUUUGUCUUAUCGUUCAAUCCUUGCCCAUCUAUGAACUCUGCUCAUUGUCCACAUUGGAGGCUCUCAAGUUUCUUCUUGCGAAGAUUUUAAAUUGCUCUUCUGGGACGUUUAAUGAGUGGAUGAACCAAAGAAAGCUUCUUCCAGAAGACAAAGUCACGUGAAGCUCCUAUGUUAUACGGAAAGAAAAUCAUUCGUAACUUUUUAACUUCUUAUUGGCAAGAGUAUUUUAAAGUCGGUUUUUUAGAAUAGAUGUGAGAUAGAAAUAUACAUAUUUGUUAAAAAAAAAUAUGAAGCGCAUUUUCCUGGAUUUGGAUGAUCUAACUUGAAAGUAAACUUGCACAUCAUGAAUAAACAGAAACUUUGAAAUUUUUGUAAUAAUUAAUGAUUAACUUGCAGAGAUUGUUCAAAGUAAGGCUGAGAGGAAAACAAAAAAAAUGUAUAUGGCAAGGGACAGUUGUGCCUGAAAAAAAUAUUUACACAGGGAUUAUUAUCAGUUAACAAGCCAAACAGACCUAUCUUUACUGACAGAUCAGAUCUGACUUAUUACUACUGAUCUAUGCUUUGUAAGUCUUACAGUCAAUACAUGUAAUAACACUAUGGUGAAACUGACCAAUCAAUUCACACGAACCAGAUUUUGAUAACACCUGACUGAGAGGUAACUGGUACUUGAUUCUGAUGAUGACUUCUGCUAAGGUUUUCAAAAUGUGAGCAACUGCAACCCACAGCAGUCCUUAUAAGCACUAAUUUCACCCAAACAAUCGGUAGCACUGUCAAGUGCGAUCCAAAUUUUCAUGUCUUAAUGCAAGAUAAAGCUUAUCUACUUCAAGCUAUUUUUACACUGAUGUAAAUUUCAUAUGCAAGUGAAUGCCAGAAGAAAAGCAUUUGAAAAAUAUGUAUAAAACGUUAUUCCUUUCACAUGCUACAUUUUCACUUUCGCUCCAAUUACAUCUUGAUGACCACCUGUGAAAAACAUGCACUUAUGGAUGUGUUAAAGCAGUAAGGGCAAUUUGUGACUGAACUGGCUCUUAAUUUUUUGCUAAGUGGUUACCUAAUAUGAAAAAAAAAAAAACAUAAUUUCAAACCAUCAAUACAUGUUUUCACUUUCCAACCAAUGCAGCACUACAACUUCCUUGGAAGCUGGUUUCUUUAAGGGUACUGAGGUUGUAACUCAUGGAUUGUAAGUAAAUUUGUAUUAACCUGUACAACUCCAUUGUUCUGUGAUAGAACAAGUGAACUACUUAUUCCUAUAGACAUCAUGUUUGACAGAGUCAACUUCAGUUGUCAGUUUAACCUUAAAGUGAGCCUCAAAACGCAAUCAAACUGGACUUGGCUUGGUUGUCAUAAGAUUCCAUGAAUAGCACUUAUUAAGCUAUUGCAAAUUUCCUCUCUAAAGAAGUACAGAGUCAUAAAAAAUUGGGUGGCUUUUGAGGCAAGAUUGUCCAAGCAUUCAAGAUGGCUGACCUGCCAAAAAUAACUUGGUUAUCAAAGGACCAAUCUUUGAGGAAAGAUCCCCUCAAGAAGCAGAUGCAAAAUGUGGUGGCAUUUUCCUGGCAACUUAAAAAGCUUGCAGACCAAAUAUGAAGAAAAUUUUAAAGACAGUAGCCACCUCCAAAUUCCCCUUUUCAUUCUCAACUAAUUACCCAGAAAUUAAACUAGCUGGUGUGAAAUAAGUGUAGAAAAACAAACAUGGCCUCUAGGGGUAUUUACGACAAAUACCUGAGUUAUAAUUCAAAAUUGAUAUUUGAAGAGUUUUGAAAUAUCAAGAGCAGACUUAUUUUUAAUCCCUAAUACUCUUAGGAAAUGAAUUUAUUUUCUUUAUACUAUAUAAGGCAACUAGUAAAAUGCAAAAUUGUCCCUUUCACAUGUGAGUGUUCAAAUUUGGCUGAAAUACUUUCAAUCUUAGCCAAUUGCAUUUCAGAAAUUUCUGAGCCUGUAACUGUGGCAUAAACCUUGGAACAAGAAACCAUUAAAAAAAAAAA